GACGUUCAAUGUCCCCAAUCUUCAUUUGUGUUGAAAUGACCGAGGUUGUUAUUGCCACAGACUUGUUAAACAUAUCUGGAGGUUUUUAUUAAAUUUUAACAUAAAAGCUUAUUUUAUAAUAAAUCUUACGUAUAACAAAAAAACUUAGGCUAGAAAAAUGGCAUCACCGCGUACCCGACGUAAAUUAAACUUUGUCCGCACUCAAGAAGAGAACCACAAAUGUUUUGAAUGCGGUACUCUUAAUCCGCAAUGGGUCUCAGUCACAUAUGGAAUUUGGAUUUGUCUGGAGUGUUCAGGUGUUCAUAGAAGCCUUGGGGUUCAUCUUUCUUUUGUUAGAUCAGUUACAAUGGACAAAUGGAAGGAUAUUGAGCUGGAGAAAAUGAUGGUGGGGGGAAACCUUAAAGCUCGUACAUUUUUUGAAAGUCAACCUGAUUAUAAACCAGAUAUGAAAAUACAGCAAAAAUAUAACACUAAGGCUGCAGCCAUGUACAGGCAAAAGAUAGCAGCUCUCGCUGAGGGUCGUGAUUGGAGUCCAUCAGAUUACAAACCGGAUGUAGUCGAGAGACCGUCGGAUUGGAGCCAAUCACAGUCGUUCUACUCCUCUGGUGAUAACACAUUCCACACCAGCGGUUCAGAUAACAACAUCAGUUACCAUAGCGAGUACGGUAGCGGACGCUAUACAGGAUUCGGGAAUACUCCGAAGCAGUCCCAGUCAACUCCUAUGUCUCCCAUCCACAGCGGGCAUGAGAUCGUUGACAAUACACUAUCUUCAUUAGCCUCUGGCUGGUCAAUAUUCGCGUCAUCCCUUUCUAAGGCUGCUCGUACGGCCACCGAGAGUGCGGUCAAGUAUGGAGGGAUCGCCUCGCAGAAGGUCUCCGAAAUGGCUUCCACCGUCACUGAGAAGGUUAACAAUCGCGGCGGCUGGAGUAGUCUCAGUGGUGCCAAUGAGAUGCGUCGUUCAAGCAACUCUAGUGCCCACUUCCAGUCACCUAGCUAUGGAGCCAUGAAGAACUCAACAUCUGAGCCGUACUCUCAAUGGAAUGAGCAGGUCCAGCCAGGCAUUCAGUCGGUGGCUGCUCGUAAUAACUUGGACUCCCGAGAUCUCUCCCAGGUCGGAGUAUCAAGCCCUCCUCCAGACAUAAAGAAUAUCAACAUCAAGAAACGGUCAAGCGACGACUCCUGGGACUGGCUGAACAACUAGAUCUGAAUUCUUCGAGAAUCUACAAGCGAAUGUGCAAUCACCGCCAUCUUAGGUCGUGCUCUGACUUAUCUGUUUACAAUUUGGUACAAAUAGUCUCGCAAUCAAAGUAGAAAAAAAAUAAUGUUUAUUUUAAUGAUUCCAUUUAAAUAUCUAAGUGCUUUCAUAGUUACUAAGGUUAUCAUUAAUGAAAUAUAUAUAAAAUAUAUAUAUUUUUUUUGCUGAAAUUUAUGCUUUAAAUAUUUCGUCUUAUUAAAAACAAUUUUUGACUACCGUGAUUAUGAUAUCGAUGGUUUAUAGCCGUAUAUAUCUUAUGUUAUACUAACAUAUUAUAAUAAUAACUAGGAACUCCUUGGAAAUUUCACUACAGGUCUUUAAUAUUACAAUGUUAUAAACGCUAUUAAUAUAAUACUGUACUACGCUUAUGAAAAUAUCUUGUAUUUGUAUUUUUUGACAUGUCAUUACUGUUGUGUAAAUAAAAAUAUUUUAUUGAAUCAUCGUUGAAAUUAGCACUGAUACUGUAUAAUAUGAAUUUUAAAUUGGAAACUAUAUAUAUAUAUAUAUAUAUGACUUUAAUUCGCAAAAGGUAGCUCAUUUAAAGAGAAUUUAAAAUAGAGGUGUAUUUUUUAAUGGACAAAUUGUUGAGCUAAGUGUACAAAUUUUUGCGCUUUACUAUAGUGUUUAAAAGAAUAUAUUCCAGACAGUAUUAUUUACUAAUAUUAUUUGUGAAAAUAGUCUUGUACAAUACAAGAGUGCAGAAUUAUUUUUACGGAUAAUAUUUUUUAUUGGGAAACUGUUGUGUAAUAAAUAUCGUUUAUGAUACAAAUGUUUGCUCAGAGUGACUCUCGAAAAGGCUAUCCUUCAGCGUCCACUCUAGGAUAAUAACUUUCUAUAAGCAUAUCCGUCGUGUUUAAAUAAAAUAAUAGAUUUAAUUCAAUAACACAAAAAAAAAAACAUUUAACAUGGUAUAUUAAGAGUAUCAAUUUAAAAAGCUUCUUGCCUCGCCUGAUACAAAACUUAUGACUACAAUAAGAAUUAUUCUUAAUAGUAUUUUUGUUACAAAUGUAUUUUACAACUACUUAUAUACAGUUUAUAUUAAUUUGAGGGCCUAUUAUUUGAAUAAUAUUGCUUUUUAAGCCUUUUUAUUAUUAACAUUAUAUGUAAUCAGUUAUUAUGUUGCUGUGUUUCAUUCAGACAAUUCAUUAAUAAAGCACAAAACAUGUGUAAAUUAUUUUUUAUUGCCCAAAGAGAUAUUUAGUAUCAUUAAAAACUGAAACAUGUGUUACUGCAUAUUAAGUCUUAGAAAUUCAAUUUGAUAUGUAUGUAAGCAUAAUUUUCUAAAAAUCUAAGUAGUUGAAUUGUAUUUUCUUCAUUAACCAUGUAUCUGUUAAACUACUCCUAACCCUUAGCCUGUAAAUUAUUGUGCAGUUUUGAAUACCCGUCACUGGUUUUUUAGCCUAUAUAGGUAUCAUUAUAAUAAUUUUUAAGAUUUGUUCUUCAAUGAUUCACUAUGGGCCACUUGCUAUAUCAAUAGUAUAUUUGUGACAUUUUCCUUAGCGGAAUCUAUAACUAUUUCCUUAUUUAUUCAUACAAUUUAUGUUAAGAAUAUAAGUAUGUUAGAUAAAUAUGUGUCAUCUUACAAAAUAAAGUUAAUGAUUAUUCUGAAAAAUAAACCAUCUUAGUUAAUAG